AUGUCAAAAACUAUUCUUAGACCAAAGCUAUCUUCCCCAAAGGUAGCAGACUGGGUAGCCUCAUCAUUUGAUGAUUUUUCAGAGAAUACAAACAUUUCUACUGCUCUUACUACCUCAUCAUUUGAUGUGAAUAACAGAAGUCAUAGAAGAAAAAAUGUUCCUUCCACAGUAGAAAAUAGCAGAUUUCCAGCUAGAAAAAGAGGAAAGCUGUCCUCUGUAGAACAGAUUUGUGGUCUAGAAAAUUCGAAAGAACAUCUGCCUGAAAAUGAACCAUGGGUUGAUAAAUAUAAGCCAGAAACUCAGCAUGAACUUGCUGUACAUAAAAAGAAAAUUGAAGAAGUUGAAACCUGGUUAAAAGCUCAAGUCUUAGAAAGGCAACCAAAACAGGGUGGAUCUAUUUUAUUAAUAACAGGUCCUCCUGGAUGUGGAAAGACAACAACUCUAAAAAUACUAUCAAAGGAGCUUGGUAUUCAAGUACAAGAGUGGAUUAAUCCAGUUUUACCCGACUUCCGAAAAGAUGAUUUCAAGGAGAUGUUUAAUCGUGAAUCAAGCUUCCAUAUGUUUCCUUAUCAGUCUCAGAUGGCAGUUUUUAAAGAGUUUCUGUUAAGAGCAACUAAGUAUAACAAGCUACAAAUGCUUGGAGAUGAUAUGAGGACUGAUAAGAAGAUAAUUCUUGUUGAAGAUUUACCUCACCAGUUUUACCGAGAUUCUCAGAUUUUACAUGAAGUUCUAAGGAAGUAUAUCCAGAUUGGUCGAUGUCCUCUUAUAUUUAUAAUCUCUGACAGUCUCAGUGGUGAUAGUAAUCAAAGGUUUUUAUUUCCCAAAGAAAUUCAGGAAGAGUGUUCUAUAUCAAAUAUCAGUUUCAAUCCUGUGGCACCAACAAUUAUGAUGAAAUUUCUUAAUCGAAUAAUGACAACAGAAGCUAAUAAGUAUGGAGGAAAAAUUAUUGUUCCAGAUAAAGCUUCUCUAGAGUUGCUGUGUCAAGGAUGUUCUGGUGAUAUCAGAAGUGCAAUAAACAACCUUCAGUUUUCUUUCUCAAAAGGAGCAUCUUUAACAGAAUUAGACUCACCUCGGUUGCCUUCUCAUUUAUCAGAGUAUGAACGGGAUACAUUAGUUAUUCAGCCUGAGGAGGUAGUAGAAAUGUCACACAUGCCAGGAGAGUUAUUUAAUUUAUAUCUUCACCAAAACUACAUAGAUUUCUUCGUGGAAAUAGAUGAUGUCGUGAGAGCCAGUGAAUUUCUGAGUUUUGCAGAUAUCCUCAGUGGUGACUGGAAUACACGCUCUUACGUCAGGGAAUAUAGUACAUCGAUAGCUACAAGAGGUGUGAUACAUUCCAACAAAGCAAGAGGAUUUGCUCACUGCCAAGGAGGAGGAUCAAGUUUUCGACCAUUGCACAAACCUCAGUGGUUUCUAAUAAGUAAAAAGUAUCGAGAGAAUUGCCUGGCAGCAAAAGCACUUUUUUCUGACUUCUGCUUACCAGCUUUAUGCCUCCAAACUCAGCUGUUACCAUACCUUGCUAUGCUGACUAUCCCAAUGAGAAAUCAAGCACAGAUUUCUUUUAUCCAAGAUAUUGGAAGACUUCCUCUGAGGCGACACUUUGGAAGAUUGAAAAUGGAAGCCCUGACUGACAGAGAGCCUGGAAUGAUAGACCCUGACAGUGGAGAUGAAGCCCAGCCUACAGAGGAAGCUCUGGAUGAACCCCCUCAGACCGCUGAACCCGAAGCCUGGUCUCUUCCUUUGAGUCAGAAUAGUGGGAGUGAACUGCCUGCCAGCCAGCCUCAGACCUUUUCAGCCCAAGGAAACAUGGAAGAAGACAUGAUCAUAGAAGACUAUGACAGUGAUGAGACAUAG